UGUUACAACAUUACAUAUUCAUGCAGUCAGAUUUGUCAACCUGAAAUGAACCGAAUCCUGCACUAAAUGUAACUCGAUGUAAUUGUUCCGUUUGAUAUGCGGUGCAGGUAAACAGGUUAGGAUCUCAACAUAGUAACACGAUCAUCACUAAUAGCGACGAGUAAUGCUGAAGACGCCAUUGUGUUACGGGCGGUGAUUAUUCAGGCGACAAAGCUUACUGGAGACUGUCGGCAGAAACUAGGCUUAUUGGACACUGUCGUUAAAACAUGGCUUUUGGAUGACUGACCAAUGGGGUAUAUUGUUCACAGGAACAGACAUCACUGACAUAUUGCUCAGAGCCAUAGUGAGAUACAGUCAGCAGAAAGUAGUGGCGUAUUGUUCACAGGGAACAGGUAGUCGGGACCCACUGUUCACAUGAAAUAGUGAGAAGUGACAUAUUGUUCACAGCAACCGGGAAGAGGAAAUAUGUUGUACAUCGGUGGUGCCAUAUUCGUCACAGACAUCGUGGCAGAUUCUUCACUGGCAACUGACUAUAGUGGGAUGAUGUUCAGAGGGGAGACAGAUUGUUCACAGGAUGCAGGCAACUGGGUGGAGGAGACUCGCUGCUUCUAGGAACAAUAGAAUAGAGACACAAAACGGGAGAACAUGGAAAUUAUUGAACACUGUAAAGUUAAUUUAAAAACGCGCAAUUCCAGCAAGACCAACGAUGAAGAUGAAGAGAUACUGUCAUUCUCUUAUAGAGAAUCGCCGCUACAGUUGGCAAAUGGUAUUUGGUUUAUGUGCACAAAAUAAGAAUGAAUGAUUCAAAUUCUUCGAAGGAAGAGGAUGACACAAUACUGCCAAACCAAGAAACGGCCAAUCUCCUGUGGCAGAUCGUUCCGCCGAUCCUCCUUCUAGUUGGAACUGUAGGUAAUCUCCUUUCCAUUGUUGUGUUGACCCGUAAGACAAUGAGGAAGUCCAAUGUGUCCAAAUACUUGACCUGUCUGGCAGUGGCUGACUUAUCUGUCAUAUACACGGGGCUCCUCGCACCAUGGAUAGAACAUGAGUUUGACGUAACUAUCCGUGAUAUUCACGAAGCUGCUUGUAAGAUCCACACGUGGCUGCUGUACACAUGUCUCCACGCUUCAGCCUGGAUACUCGUCUCGGUCACCAUUGAACGCACAGUGUUUGUUUGGCAUCCCCUACGUUACAAGGUGUUUUGUACCAGGAGAGUCGCCACCUCCUGUAUGAUUGGUGUCACUGUUUUUUGUUUGAUAUUGAACAGUCACUUUCUAUUCUUCUUGGUACAUACUGAAACAGAUACAGGAGUCUAUGAGUGCGAUUCCGGGUCAAGGGUUGACUAUGAAUACUUUCUCCAUAACGUGUUCCCCUGGAUUGAUAUGUGUGUGUGGUGUAUCGCACCUGUUGUGGUUCAUCUUGUGUGCAAUAUUCUCAUCAUUUACCGUCUACGUCGUCAAACCCAUACAUUCCAAAGACACAAUUCAACAGCCAGAGCAGAUAGAUUGAGGCAAAAUCUCGUAACGUCCAUGACAACUAUGCUGCUGAGUCUGAACCUAGUGUACCUCCUCUGCACGUUGCCUGUGUCCGUCUUCUUCGUUGUGGAGCAAUAUUGGAAGGUCAUGUACCCAGGGAAGGAGGCGGAAGCUGCACGAGAGCUUAUUAAGACAUGUGUGAGUCUAGUCAUGUACCUCAACAACUCCACGAACUUCAUCAUCUGUUUGGUGAAAGGUAAACGGUUUCGGAAGGAGGUUAGCACUAUCUUCACCUGUGGGAGAACACGUGGCCCUACAUUCCAACAAAGAUCUACAUCCAUCUCUCAUAUAUCAAGGUCAUUCCGCCAGAUGUCACUAGCAGAGUCUUCCAGCAGUUCCUCAAGUGACAUUAUUGGCCUGAGGUACAGACAAUAUUCUGCUCAAGAUGGACAAAUAAACGUCACAAACUCCAGUAUGAGAAUGUGACGAGGUGGACCAAUAAACAACAGAAACCCCAGUAUCAGAAUGUGACGAGGUGGACCAAUAAACAACACAAACCCCAGUAUCAGAAUGUGACGAGGUGGACCAAUGAACAACACAAACCCCAGUAUCAGAAUGUGACAAGGUGGACCAAUAAACAACACAAACCCCAGUAUCAGAAUGUGACGAGGUGGACCAAUAAACAACACAAACCCCAGUAUCAGAAUGUGACGAGAGGUGGAC